AACACAUUCGGUUCGCUAGUCGUCGCGCAGUGCUCGUCGAACGAUAAUCUCGCGACGGCAAGAAGCUUAACGCGCACCGGUACGUUUGACGGCGUUUUACACCGAGAUAUAUUUCGCUGCUCGAAAGCCGCCCGACGUCAGUUCGGUCCUCGCGAGUCGCGAUAGUAUCGCGUUUCAGAAAACCGAUAUUGUGCGUUAGCGUUCGGUUUCGUUCUAUUUUUUUCCCCUUAUCCUCCGCUGGUCCACGGAUCCUGCACGGUUUGGUGUUGUAGUGUUCGAGACGUAUCCCGUGCCCGCGCCAUGUAUUCCCCGUCGACUCCGUUCAACGAGUACCUGGAGGUCGAGCAAGCCAAAUACCCUGAGCUCAAACUCGACGACAUCGAGAAGUUAAAAGAGUCUCUGGCCGACGAUCAGACGUUGCCGCCGAUAUCAGAAAAAACAUACUUAGCGUUUCUGCACAGCUGCAAGUUUGAUAUUGAGCUAGCCAAAAAAACUAUCAAGAAGUUUUAUAGAUAUAACUUCGAUAUCCCUCAAAUAUUUUGCGAAUUGGAUCCAUUAUCCGAAGAUAUUGAAAACACUUAUAACUGUUUGAGCAUAUGUCAAAUGCCGACGGUCAACACUGAUAAAAGUGAUCGAGUUCUAUAUAUUCAGUUCAGAGACUACAAUCCCGAAAUGUUGGAUUUCGUAUCAGCUUAUAAAUACCUCGUCAUGUGGAUGCAAUAUUCGCUGUUGAGACAUGGAACUUGUGAUGGAAUAAUCGUCGUAAUUGAUGCAAAAGGGUUGAGUUGGCGUCAUAUUCUAAAAAUUCCCAUCAGCAUAACCAUGCAAUUGAUAAAAUACAUGGAGGUAGCCCUGCCAGUUCGUUUAAAGUCGAUACAUGUAUUAAACUGCGGAUCAGCCAUACAGGUGGUAAUGAAAAUGAUUACAAAAAUCGCUAAUCAAGAACUACUAGGAAAAAUACAACUCCAUCAAGUCGGUUCCAACAAUAUUUUCGAUUACGUGCCGAAAAAACUAAUGCCUUUGGAAACCGGAGGGUAUGGAAAAUCUCACACUUUCUACAACGACGAGCUGUACAACAACAUCGGUGACAUCCAAGAUUAUUUCCUCGAACAGAACGAAGUGUUAAACAAUCAAUUGGCGUACAACAAGCAACGGAUGGUCGAAGACAACGAAUAGAAGAAACGGGGUGGCAGGGGUUGAGGGAGGGAAACGAAAUUAUUAUUACCAUUAUUUUUCGAUUAUCUUAACGCAUUAGUAUUAGCAACGCUAAUGGAACGCAUUGGUUUCAUGCGUUGUAAUAUUAUUUUAAGUGAAAUAUUUUGUUGCUUCGCGAUUAACGUGCCAUCAUUAAUAUUACCUUACUCGCAACGAUAUCGGCAGCUAAACGUACUGCAAAGCAGUUACUGUGCGCGCUUAUUUACGCACAUAUUUAUUAUAGCUUUUUGAUUUUUUUGUUCACGCAUCGUACGUUGCGCCGCGAGUUAUGACGUAUUUAGUAUUGACGAUUUUGUAUUUUUUUUUUUAUAUUUUUAUAUAAGUAUAUUUUUUCGCGCUAUUGGAUAAAGCUGACUUACGUUGGAAAUAAAAACAAAAAAAUAUA